AUGGCUCCGUCUACACAUCGAGUAACCGAUGCCACGACCAACACAAGAAACUCACAACCUCCACGUCCUUCGUCCCUUCCUGAAUCAGAGCUUGGAUCUUUUCUCCGGAAACAAUCCAACGGUAUCUCUGAUGAGCAAUUCUCGCCUAAAAAGACGAACAGUCGCACUAAAAAGCAGCAUGUUUUCCCUUCUUCGUUACAAUACUGCAAGUUGAAUGCAUUCCGAUGCACGCAAUUGGUGCUAUGGCGUCGUCGUUACUUUGAAGGCAUUUUGCGCUGGGAGGCAGCACUGCGAAUGACGUUUGUGGAUUUUCCAAAGCUCUUGUUUCAACGAGUUGAUAGUGCACGUACGAUCGUUUCGUUCUUCUUUGUCUAUGUGAUGCUACAAGCAUUAGCAAUUCUUUGGGGUUUUCUAUUUAACGUCGGAGCUGUGUUGGGUGAAAAUAUGAGCACAAUCGUGACGAUGCCAUGCAUCCAAGCAAUAUGCGUGCUGGUGGUGUACGUGUCGGUGAUGGGCAUUGUGUUGUCUUUCGGACGUGCAACGUGGAUUCUCACGUGGCAAUCACUACAGAAUUUUCCUCUUAUUCGACGUAUCAUUGCGUGUGAAUGUACUCCACAAGCAGUAAUUUUUACCGUGGCCAUGCCCAUGCUGAUCAUCCUACCUAGUUUGAUAACGGUGCCUUCACACUGCACUAGCACAGUGUUGAAGGAAUCGUCAACCCUUGUUCACGCCAUGUGCGAAGAGUCCUACUUGAAGCUCUUGACGGACAAGCACCCGGUGUUUCAACGUGCGCUGCGUAUAUCUACUGCAAUUGCCAUCUGUCAAUUUAUCCAGCUUUGUUUGGAGAUUCUACCACGAUGGCGUUCAGCGCUUGCAGGACUCAGCACCACAAAGACUUUUGUUCUAGGCGGAUGGUUGCUGGGAAUGAACUUUUUGGGUGGGUUAUGGACUGUUGAAUGGAGUGCGCGGCACUUUGGUCUAAAGGUCACGCCGUUGAGCGACCUCACAAACUACCAGUGGGAAAUCUUUGGCAUGGCUUUGCUCGUAGGAUGGAUCAUUUGGUUCUUGGCGAUUACGUGUUUUACAUAUCCUAACGUUAGCGAGUGUGAUUCAAACAAAAAGGCACUUUCGGGUUUCUUUGAGCGGCUCAAAUUCACUUUCGUCUUUGGUCAGGGCAUUGUUUUUUUUCGAGCUUGCGUGCAUCCGAACAUGGGAUUUGUGCACGCUCAGCUGGAGCUUACCAUUAUCAACUUAUUGCUGCCGUCGAUUUACGUGGUAUCGCUCAUCUGUCUUCGAAUGGUAAGCUUGCUAAGCGCCCGUGCGGUGCUUCUCGCCGGUCCUUUAGCACUUGGAAUCGCUACAGUUGUCUUCGUUGGUUCUAAGAUGACAGAGAAGCCCCACGUGUUCGUUGUGGUGAGUCUGUUUUUCUUUGACCGCUUCUUGCGCUCAGAGGCUGCUUCGUCUUUGAGCGGAAUGGGCCAAUCUCUCCAGCAAAUGCUGCAAGAAACAUCAUUUGACAAAAAACACCCACUGUUGGGCCACAGUGCAGCCAAGAAAUGUGUGUACAUUGCGAUUGCUAUUCUACUGAUAUUCGUAGGUGCACUUUCGGGAUUCAGUGUCCUCUCAGUUCUUCAGAAAAGCGCCAAGUGGUUCCCAGAUGCCACGUCUGUGGAGUAUAAAAACAACUCGAUCCACAUACAUCAUACGGGAGUUGUCAAGUUGCAUCUUGGUCUUGCAAACAAGACAAAUCCAGCAAUUACGGUAGACGACCCGCUUUACGCAAGUUGCUCCAAUCGCUGGAACGGACUGAGCUUGAUUGAUUUAGCUUUCUUUGCAGAAGCGGCAUACUUUGACCCUUUGUCAAAUGACACUGCAGAAUUCAUUUCGACCAUUUUUGACAAUGAGCUGGGAGCUGUUCAUAUUUAUCUGCCUGAAUUGAACACCAAAACUGGAUCCAAACUAGACUUUUUCGAAGCACAGAUUCCGAAGCUUAACACAAGUGUCAUUUCUGUGCGAGGCACUGAUAUUUGGCGAUUCACAGAUUUUAUCGAGGAUGUGAAGAUGUUUUUUGAACCCGUGGUCUUUUCAGUCUUGUCGUCGGUCUUCCCGACGAUUCGUAUUUGGCCUGACGUGACAUUCUCCACUUUGAUUGAGCUGUACAGUGAGAUGAUUGGAUUGUUUGGUUUGCAACAUGAAUCGUGGUAUUAUCAAGAGCUUCUGGACUAUGUGACCUCUCUUACCGAUCGAAAAGUGGUGCUGACUGGCCAUUCCAUGGGCGGAGGCAUUGCGCGACUUGUUGGCUCCAUAGUCGGUACGACCUCGGUAACUUUUUCGCCACCUGGAAUCGUUCAGAGCUACAGUAAACUGGUCCACCACAUUGGCGGAACAUCAAUGAAGGUCGAUCGAGCAAGUCUGCAUCACCGUAACGUUGCUGUGGUGCCCGAAUAUGAUCCGAUUACUAUGAUUGACGCCCAAGCUGGUAUGAUUCAAAAGAUUUCGUGUGAUACACCGCAUUUAUCAAUGCAGUUGUCCUGCCACAUGCUUGAAGGAACAAUUUGUAAUUUGGUCGAGCACUGUGGAUCUGCUCGAGGCCGGAUUUCAUCGUGUCUAUUUGAGCACAAUAUUGCCAGGGCUACCGAAGAUAUGAUCCCUAAUGUGCUACCAAUCAUAGCCAAGCCUGAGAUUUAUGUGUUAGUGGCCGUGACGUUCGGACGCCGUUAUCGUCACCAUCUCAUGAUAAUCGAAAGAGAAGUGUAUUUCCAACACGCUCUUCACAUCACUCCAGACGCGUCCAAGCGUCUCAUCCGUCACUUCAUCUUCGACGUAAGUCGAUUAUUUAGGUUGGAUAGAAAAUAA